AAAGAUACUUUGCAUUGCUUGCAGCGGCUGGCAGCGCCCCGCGCGCCCCUCGUGCCCGGCGCGCUAUAAGACAGCGGGCUUGGGGCCCCGAUCCAGGCAUCCAUCAGCGAGGAGCGCACAGCUGACAGCAGAGAGCUAGCAGCAGCCAUGGCCGGGGGCUCCGGGAAGGCGACCUACUACGCGGUGCUUGGCGUGGCUCGUGACGCGUCCGCCGGCGAGAUCCGCGCCGCCUGGCGCCGCCUGUCCCUGAUAUGGCACCCUGACAAGCUGAAGGGGGCAGCAGGAGAUCACUCUCGUCAGAAGGAGCAAGCCCUGGCCAGGUACCACGAGAUCCAGGAGGCCUACAAAGUGCUGUCCGACCCGUCGAGGAAGGCCAUGUACGACCGGGCCCUGCUCCAGCAGCAGCGGUUCGACGAUGCUGCCAACGGCCGCGACAAGAAAUCUUUGGUCGGCGUGCUGGAGCGUCCUGGCGGCUGCGGCACCGUGGACGACCCGUCGGACAGGGUCGACAAGAUAGAGAUCAAGAUCAAGAGCUCCUCCUCGUCGGCUCGCACCGGCAGGCCAGCUUCUGGACGGAUCGACCUGUCCUUCACCUUCACCACCGCGGCGGCGCCCGACGAGGGGACCAGCCCCGGCGGCGGCGGACCCCGGAACGCCCGAUGUGCAGCAGGCUCCUCCUCGGCCCCGCGCCGCCGUGCCGCCCCGCGCUCGAAGCUACAGACUUUGAUCGAGGCCAGGCUGCGGUGCGGCCGCAAAGACUAGCUAUAUAUGCUCCGUUCGCCGGCCGGCGGCCCACCGUGCUGAGAGCUCAAGAAAAUAAUCGUAGCCUAGCCUAGCUCGCUCCUACUUGCAUGUAUCCUAGCGCUAGGUUACCAAAGCUGUCUGUCCAGUCCAGCAAUGGUGGCAUUCAUCCGGUACCCGUGAGUCCCGUAACAAGAGAUGUGUCCUAUGAAUCCGCCAGGCUGAUCGUGCUAGCAGUGUGUGGCAUCACCCAGCAGGGAGAGUAUCUGGAUGUUCUUGAUCUUUCAAAGAUCAAAUAAAAGCUUUGCUUAUUCUCAUUA